AUGUACAGCAAGCUGAUGGUCGUUUUCCAACAGCGGCAGCCCGAUGCUGCCGCAGCGGGUAAAGAAGAAGCUCCAUCGAUGGUGGCGUACAAUAGUCCUUCGAACGCUUCAAACUUCGGAUCUGCUGUUUCUUCUGGGGGAAGUCUUGUUACAGAAUUGGAAGAGAAGCUGAAGAGCGAGAAAGAGUUGAGAAUGCGACUGGAGAAAGAUCGUGCCGCCAUGCAGCAAGAAAUUGACGAGCUGUUCAGCAAGCAUACGAAACUUCAGCGAAUGCAGACCACGGAAAGCGGAACCCCAACCAUUCAGGUUUGA